AUGUAUCAUUCAAGCCUUACAUCCCAUGAUUUAUUCCCACAAUUAGAUGGCUCAAACACUACAUGCCAACAACCUCAACUGGCUGCUUUGGGGGUUUCUACCGCCACUAAUACCACAUCUGCCAGCAGUGGCAUCUUGAACUCUAAUCAAUCCAUGUACGAUCCCUCCUUCUACUACUAUACUGGUCAAGUCUCUACUCCAUCCAAUGCUGCUUUGGUUGCCUCUAGUAUAUUCGACUGCGAGGAUGUCUUAUUUCCAUCCAAUGUAUCCGCUACAUCAUCCACAUCAUACAGCAAAGAACCACUUACAACAUCCACAUCUUAUCAGUUAAUGCAAUCUUCUCUUUCCUCUUGUUACACAUCUCAACGGGAAUCUCCUUUUUCAAUUGAAUUAGACACCUUUCAACAACAGAACCAACAACAUCAAUUUCAACAAUUGUAUGUCUGUGGAUCUCCAAUGGAUAUGAAUGUGUCCUCUGAUGUAUAUGAUAUGGCUGUGCAACCAAGCGCCUCGAAUGCCUUCCCGCUUCUUCCUACAUCCUCCACACUUCGUCAUGUUGGACAACAUCAACACCACCAUCAUCAACGCAAUCCUUCCUCCUCCUCUACUGCUUCUUCUUCUGGUUCCUCCAUGUCAUCUCCUGCCUCUGUCUACUCUGGAUCUUCCUUUAACGACGACCAUAUACAUCAUACUUCUAUACGUUCUGGAUCUCUCUUCCAAUGUGAAUACAAAGGGUGCACAAAGGCAUUCACUCGUACAUACAAUCUCAAAUCACACAGAAGAACCCACACAGACGAGAAGCCAUUUGCUUGUGAUAUGUGUCCCAAGGCCUUUGCUAGACAGCAUGAUCGCAACCGUCAUGCCAAGCUUCAUCUCGGGUUAAAACCUUUCCCUUGCUCAUUCUGUGAUAAAUCUUUUGCCAGACAAGACGCAUUGAAUCGACACUUGAAGAGAGAUAAGAAGAAAAAUGCUGUGCAAAUUACCAGACAAGAGGACAUUUCCAUCUUGCCACCUCCGUGUUUAUUACUCAAGAUCAAGCAAAAGCAAAAGGCCAAUCUCAAAAAGAAGAAGCAGCUCUUGUAA